UAAAUCUUACAGCAUGGGUGAGAUAGUGCCAAAUCAAUUGUUUGUUGCUGGAUACAGUCGUAAUAAAAUACCAGAUGAGAAGGGCAUCAAAGAUAUUUUCAAGAAAUAUGGAAGCAUCAAGGAUGUUGCCUAUAAAGGCUCCUAUUCAUUUGUAGUACGAAUUUCACCCUCUAUAGCUAGACUUUCUCUGCCGAAUCAGAAGCCCAGAAUGCCAUUUCAGCUUUGAAUGGACAACAAAUUAAUGGAUAAAAGCUUAAAGUAGAUAUUGUGGACAAUCACAAAGGCAGACGCAGUGGUCCUUAACAAAAUGACGAGUGUUUCAAGUGUGGAUAAGGUGGUCAUUGGUAUUGCUUUGUUUUAUUAUGUUAGGGCUAGAGAAUGUCCCAAUAGAACAUCACCAAAUAGAAGAAGAAGAUAUUCGAAUUCAAGAUCAAGGUAUUAACACAUUCACUAUUUUGAGACACCGAAGAUCAAAAAGAUCUAAUUCGAGAUCUCGCUCAUAUUCCUCUUAUUCCUCUUCUCACUCUAGAAGGAGAAGAGAUGCAAAGAAGAGAAGCAAGUACAGCAGAAGAAGUAGAAGUCCAAAAAGAGACAACAAGAGAAAGAAAAGCACCAGCUGCAGAAGAUCACAAAGCAAUUCAAGGUCCAGAUCUUCAGUCAGCAAUAAAUAACGCUAGUCAAAUAAAUCAUCUUCAUCUAAAUGAGAAAGGAUCAAAUUAAGAAAAAAAAAAGAAAUUAGAAAUUAAAUCAAUCCCUUUCUUCCCUUUUUCGUUUUCUGCAUCUGUUUCUGGACUAAAUUGUGUCAAUUGUAUAAAAG